UUCCGCUUGCACAACACAGUGUCAACUAAAACUGUCAACAACCGAAAACGAAACUAGAUCUAGAAUUCUAGAUCUAGAUCUAGACUCUAGAUCUAUCUGGUUGGAUCGUGUUGAUCUUCAGAUGUCAGAACGACGUGAACCAGUGCAUGUGAAGGAGUCGUCUAUCUGUCUGCAGAUUCUCGUGUAAAAAUUUCAUGCAGAAAUGGAAGUUUUGAAACCACAGCUUAUCUGGAUAGGCAACAGAUGCUACAGAAAGAACCCACUCAAAGACAACCAGGGCUAUAACCCUGAGGAUGAGGAGUUGGAUGACGGGGCUCCGUACACAGACCUGACUUACUGUGAUGAGGCGUGUGAUGCAGACCUGGAGAUAGAGGAGACAGACAAAGGCUUCCGCACAGUUAUGUCUGUGCCUAAUGCCUACUACAAGUACGUCAUCGGCAAGAAAGGCGAGACCAAGAAACGACUGGAGUCUGAGACCCGCACCCAGAUCCUGGUACCAAAACCCGGGGAGAAGAGAGAGGAGAUUGUGAUACUUGGCCAUGACAAGAAAGGUAUAGUGUCUGCCAAAACGAGGCUGGAUGUUAUCAUCGACUCGGCCAGGCAGCGACAGCAGUUCACUCACUUCCUGUCCAUUCCUGUGACCUGUGAGCAAGUCGUGACAGGGUUUGAAGAUUUCCGGUUUGAAGUUCUACGCCAGUGUGAUGGGGACCGUGGUCUUGAUGCGAGUUUGUUCCAGAACCCCAAGAAGCUUCACCUUACCAUAGGGACCAUGGUGUUGUUGAAUGACAAUGAGAUUGAGAGGGCAGCUGUGCAUUUACAAUCCUGUCAGGAGGAGCUGAUACAGCCCCUGUUGCAAGGUGAGAGACUCGAGGUACAGAUCAGAGGCCUAGAGUACAUGAACGAUGACCCUGGGUCCGUGGACGUGUUGUACGCACGUGUGCAAGAAGGGUGUGCUUGUGACAGGCUCCAGUCACUGGUUGACCGCUUGGUGGACCGACUGACCAGCGCUGGCAUCAUGCAGCGGGACCACGAGCGGGUCAAGCUGCACGUCACCGUCAUGAACACGCUCAUGCGGAAAGAUCCCUCGGGCACGUCUGUGCCACAGGCAGACUCGAACGGACACGCCCGCCCACGGGAGAGGGAGUCUUUUGACGCUUCCCAGAUACUGAAGAAAUUCCCUGACUUUGACUUUGGCCCCCUCCACAUAGACAGUCUCCAUCUGUCUCAGCGCUACUCCACCGGAGAUAACGGUUACUACGCUCAGGUCACGGCUGUCGAGCUGCCGAGAUGAUGUUGGCAGUGAAUGUUGUCAAAAUUUUUGAGGCAUUGUGAUGAAAUCAGACGCUUGUCAAAAUAAUGAAAUCUGAGGAACAGGCAUUUUCCUGUGUCCGUAUUGACAACACAUUUUCUUUUGAGCGCGCUCAUAUGACUUUAUGCAGUUGCGAGCGCCGUAAAACACUUACAAAAACCAAUUUCUUUUGAAUUGUACUGAAAAAUGUUGGUUAAAGGCACAAAAUGUGUAAAUUUUCAGUUUUAAGACUGUCAGCUAUUGAAGCAACUAGACUUUGGCGGCCAUUUUCUCACUAAUUUUACCUUUAAAAUCAGGCAACCCCCUCCUCUUUCAAUUUCAAAUAUCCUGAUUUCUAUUCCAGUUAGAUGAGUAGAUUUUUAAAUCAAAAGCAAGACAAAUGAACAAGCUUGUAGAUGAUACCAAUAACUCCACAUACCCAAAAAUUGAUGAGCACAUGAUUUCACCACGUCGUCACACAUUUUAUUUAUGCUGCAUCAGAGACGAAGAAUGAUUGAAGACUGGCUGAUAUGGUUGAUUCUUGUGUGGGUUUUGGAGGUUUUUUUGUCAUGAGUGUACAUCAAUAGCUUGUCUUGAAUUGGCCAACUAUGUUGUAACACACCUACGUGACCUACAUGUCUAUAAAUAAACACUUCAGAUACUACCCAUUGUCACAAAAA